AAGAAAAUAUAUCAUCUGAAUUUGAUGAAGAUAUUGAAGAAAUUUUAUUAGAUCAAUCGGUAAAAAACAAUAAAUAUACAUCUUGCAUCAUUAUAGAUAAUGACAAUAAUGAAAAAAAAAUACAACGAUAUAACAGAAUUAAUGAAGGAGGUUCUAAUCGGCCUCUUGCCCAACUCAAAGGCACUUGGGAAGUUGAUC